ACUAAAAAUUAUUUGAUAAUAUACACAAUAUUACUGAUUAAAUUUUAAAAUGAAUAUAAAAUUUUGAGGGUAAAUUUUUUGUUUAAUCCGUUAAGCCGACCCUGAUGCCAAAAAGGGGCAUUCAAUUGGUAUUAUCCGGUUUAGUACCGGUUCUGUAUCUUGCUGCUUUCCUUUUUUCUAUUACACACGUGUUUAUUUCCCCUAUAUAAUCUCUCGCGCGUGAUUAAAGCUUACGCUAUUCUCGCGAUCCCCUGCUACAUUGCUUCCCUAGGGUUUUCGACUUCAUCGUCUGACCUUCGAUCAUAACUGCACCAAACCAAUGGUGGCUGCUAGACAUGACCGGUCAGUGAAUGUUCCUCUCGUGUCUACGUCGCACUCGUUUGCGUCUGAAGACGAAGAUCCCAUGCUAAAGGUCGUCAGCUUAAGCUCAACUUCAAAGCCUGAGGUUAAAGCCUUGAAGCUAAAACUAAUCUCUGAGGUGGAUAAAGUUAGGAUCGUAAUCACACGGUUCGAUCCCCAAGGUGGAAACAAGAAGAUAGAAACAGUUAAGAAGAGCGGGCAUGGAGGUUAUACGGUUCAUAUUUUCAAGAACUGUAACAACUUGCUUAGGAAGUUGAUGACGCAUAAGUAUGGAUGGGUGUUCAAUGUCCCAGUGGAUGCUGAAGGACUUUGCUUGCGUGAUUACCACACCAUUGUUAAAGAGCCUAUGGAUUUGGGUACAGUGAAGGCUAAGUUGGGGGAGAGUUUGUAUAACUCACCGUUGGAUUUCGCUGAAGAUGUUAGACUUACUUUUAACAAUGCCAUCUUGUAUAAUCCAAUAGGGAAUGAUGUGCAUAGUAUGGCUAAAUUGUUACUGAGUAUGUUUGAGGAGAAGUGGGUUUCCAUUGAAGUGCAGCUUGAUAGUCUUCUUAGGAACGUUAAACCAACUCGUGAUAGGAAAAUAGCUCCCAUUGUAGACCCAUUACCAGCUAAUGUUGGAGAAGAAGAGGAGGCUAAUGUAGAUAAUAGGGACCUUACGCUGGAUGAGAAAUGGAGACUCAUUGAAGAGCUUCAGGACUUGCCUUGUGACAAAUUAGAGACAGUUGUUCAGAUUAUAAAGAAGAGUAAUCCGGAACUCUCUCAACAAGACGAUGAGAUUGAGCUGGAUAUUGAUUGUCUUGACAUCGAAACGCUUUGGGAGUUGUAUAGAUUUGUGACUGGGUAUAAGGAGAGCUUGAGUAAUAAAAAAGAGGACCAGGAGUCUGGUUCAGAAAGAGAUGCUGAAUCUGCUCACAGUAUUAUCCAAGAACCGGCAAUAUUUGCUUCUGUAGCUAAAUGAUAUUUGUUUUCAGGUCUUUAUGCUCUUAUUGAUUUUAGCUCAUAUCAUUGUCUCUUCUUUUGCUUUCAUAGACCACUUUAGCAACUGGGACAGAAACAUCGAGAGUUAAUGAAUCAGAUUCUGACAGUGAUAGCUCCUCCGGACGUGGAUUAGAUACUGGCAAUUAGGGUUGACAAGUCAAAAAAGUGGUUAGCUUAAUUAGAGUCAGAGUAUGUUGUUAUCCAUCUCUUUUAAUAGCACAGUUAGAAUAUUUUUACGUCGAUCACUUUUCACGUUCGGAUUGUUAUCUGUUUUUGGAGUUUUUUUUUUAUUUCACAGAAAGAAGCUGAACAAAAAUUUUUAGAUGUCUUUGUCUCUUGUCAUUGAUCUAAUAAACAUAUUUGUUCCACUGCGUCUUAAUUGGAACAAUUGAAAGUUUGAUUUUUCCAUAUUAUAACCAGAUUGGAUCUUGGUAUAUAUACUGUUCAGAUAGCCUUAUCUACAAUAGUUACCACUUAGAAUCUUCUGAUGCAAGCGGCACAUUUGACUCUGAGCUUUUGGUCUCUGGAGCUGUCGCAUGUUUCUUAGUAUUAAUUACAUCACAACCCAUGUGUGCAUCUCCUAACCAUAUCGCAAGCUGCUCAUAUUCCUUCUCUCUUCUUGUUUUCGAAGUUAAAGAUACAUUAUUUUUUCAAGAUCAUGACAUAUACUUGCUCUUCUAAUCCCCUAGCCAAGACGGUGGGAAUAAACACAUGGAAGAAGCUAAAGGAUAAUAGUUAUUUUUCAUUAUGGUUUCCAUUCUAGUUUGAAAACAACCGAUCUUAACUGUACUUUUUGGUUUUUACAUAUAUGUACGAGGAAGAUGGACAACAAACGACUUUCUUCUUGAAAGAUAUUGCUCAAAAGAUUUUGACGAAGUUAUUAAGAAGGAGAACAAGGGGAAGAAUAAAGAAGAUCACAACGAGAGAAAGAGAAGGAGUGGCAUGAAGAGAGGAGGAAGAGUCGAUGCACGAAGAAGAUAUUAUCUUCAUAAAGAUAUUAUCUCCAUAAGAAUAUUAUCUUCAUCGCUCACAAGAUGAAAUGAUCACCAAAGUUUUGCGCUAACUGCAAAAGAAAAAAGAAUAGUUACAAUAUAUGUUAUUGAAGAAAACAUAUCUACAUGGAUUUCAUGCUGAUCAAAAUGAUGCACAAAGAUCAACUUAAAAUUGGAACUUGGAACUCCAGAACCAGCCAAUGUUUUUCAGAAAUGUGUCAUUGAUUUUCUUAACUUAUCUUUAUCAUUGGUUCAUACGUUGUGCAAUCUACUUAAAAGAAUGUUGUUGUUCAUUGCAUUAUUGCGUUUAGACCAACAUUUAUUAUAUAAAACUACAUUAUAUCAUAUAAAAUAUAUAAUAAUUAGUUUGGAUUAACCAUAAAUAAUGAUACAUUUGUAUCCACAAAUUACCAAUAAAUUUGGUUCAACCAUCAAUAUUGAUAUAUUUAUAUCAUAAAUUGUUAAUUUAUUAAUUUUAGUUAUAAAUAAAAGUCAAAAUUUGAAUGGCUAUUUUACAAAUUAUAAAAUAAAAUUCUUUAUUUAUUUUAAAUAUAAAAUAAAUUAGUAAUUUUUUAUUUUAGAAUUUAAAAUAGAGAUGAAUUUAAACAUAUUUUAUUGUAAGUUAAAAAUGGUUAGAAAUGCUUUUACAAAGAUAUGAAAAUGAGAUGUAUGUAACUUUCAAUAUUUCUCAUUGCAUCCCCACUUUUUGUGUUCGUUUGAUGUACAAUGUGCAAGUGAUCAAUUGACAAUACAACAAAUGCAGAAGAAUUCCCAAGUACACGUUAAUGGAGUUAAUCAAAAGCUUGUUCUAGAAAGAGCUAGUAGUCAAUUUUUUGAGGUUAUCCCUGUGUGUGAAACUUGUCAGAACUCAAAUUUUCAUUUCAAUAUGUACAAACAAAGCUUGUAUUAAUUCACAACUUAAUCUAUCUCAUUUAAAUGCCGCACAAUGCAAAUUGUGAUGCAACAAGAUGGUUCUUGUUACUAGUAAAGUAGAAAUAUAAAUGUAAAGUAUGAUUUCUUUCCAUGGCCAAAGUUAUUGUUUCCGGUGUUUAUGUUUUUUUUUUUUUUUUUGAGGCUCAUGUCAUUGUUUCUUCUUUUGCUUUCACAGACCAAUCUAGCCCAAUCGGACCAAACAUUGAGAGUUACUGAAUCAGGUAAGGUUCUAGCUCACAAGGUCAUGCCAUAUUCAGAUGCAAUUACUGUUUAUUAAUAAAAAGAAUACAAUGGAAUAAUGAUUAUAUAUUUAUAUUUAACCAGAAAAGCAAUUGGCAUGUCAUCUCCUGUCCGGCAAGAAAACAAGGUAGUUGGAUCAAGUAGUUGUAAUAGUUCUAGCAGUGACACAUGAUCUUGCUUUAGUGGUAAACUUUGAAACUCUGUGUCAGCCCUUUCACCUUAUCAGCAUCACAUCACUCUUUUUUUUUAUCAGUAGAUUUUGACAGUGACAGCCCCUCAGGAUGUGGAUCAGAUACUGGCGAUUAGGGCCGACAAGUCAACAAAGUGGUUAGCUUUAGAGUAAGAGUAUGUUGUUAUCUAUCUCUUUUAAUAGCUUAGUUAGA